AUGUCAUCCAACGAGCAAGGAAACAAGCCACGGGCGAGCCAGGAAGAGGCGGGCCCAUCCAAGCCGCGAUCGAAAGCCGACCCUGAAGCUGGUCCGAGCUCGACACGUCGAGUUCGAUCGAUCGAUCGAUACUACGAGUACCACAGCGACAGCGAGUCGGAGCUAGACGCUGAUGAGCUGGAGGCCGAUCGCAGAGUCUUCAACAGUGCCGCGGAGCAGGAGCGUCAUACGGCGGCGGAACUCACACGCCAUUUGACGCUGAUCACCCAACAAAGCCCUGAACAUGGUUCGGCAAUGCUGAAGCAGACACUGUGCAUGCUGGGGCCAUAUUUUCCCGGCAUGCCGAAAGAUCCCCGAACCGCGCUGAAGGGGCCGUGGCACAUCGAGCCCCUAGAAGUCGACGGAGGCCUCUUCUGGUAUCGUGGUUUUGAAUCCGGAAUUCUUGAAAACGUGGCCAGCGACACCAAAGAGGUUAAAUUUGAUGUCCAUGUCGGUGUGGCGCCGUUGCCUCAACUAACAAGUCCCGAAUUAAAAACAUGGGUUAUCCAAGCACGGUUGCAUGAAGCCACAAAACCACCUGGCGAGCCCUUUGUCGUCGCUGUGUUUUGUGGCAAUUCUAGGCCAACGUGUGAGGAAUUGCUUGGGCCGUUCAGCGAAAAGGCAGCACGGUUAUGUGAAUCGCCACUGACGGUGAAUGGUGAUUCACUAACCGUGAAGCCACGGGUAGUGAUUUCUGACGAUGCUGAACGAGCAUUUAUCAAAGGGACGGUCAAUCAAAGCAGUUGCUACGGAUGCCCCAAAUGCACCAUAAAAGGAGAGCUUGUCUUUGGAUCCACCAUGACGUUUUUCGGUCAACCGAACACCACGUACACCCGACGUACAAAUGAAGAGUUCCGGUGUGGAGUUUACGCAAGCACCCACCAGAAGGUUGUGACACCGUUGGCAAGGUUGCCCAUCGACCUCGUCCAGGAUGUUAUUGUAGGCGACAAUCGCAAUCUAUUGCACUUAGGUGUAAUGAAAAAUUUAUACUCCGUUUUUGUCAAAGGCGCUGCUAAUGUCCCGGAAAUGGACGGGAUCGGACAGGUGUUAUUGCAACUCGUAUUGACGAAUGUCGAGUUCCCACACGAAAGACGCACGACCGCACGACAUUUUAAUACCAACAUUACGGAAUGGUCGCCAUCCAUGUGGGGGUAUUUUUUGGACGUUGUUGGCAUUGUAGUUCUUGGGCAAGUCGGGCAACCGGCGUGCUACGAAAUGUACUGUCUUUUGCAUUGGGGCGUUGCAAUAUGCAAUCAUUCGAGAUUUAGUAGUUAUCUAAAUGCUGCACGGCGAGUACUGCAACAGUACGUAACAAAGCACAAUGAUUUGGUCGGCUCUGUUACGUGCAAUUUCCAUCACCUUCUCCACCUAGUGGAUGAGGUACGAAGGUUUGGGCCGUUGCCGCUGCAGUCUUCGAACCCUUUUGAGGCCGAACUUAGCGUCCUCAGACACGAAGUUGACCUCGCGAAGGCCGGUUCGCCGGUGCAACAGGUGGCAACGGCCCUGCUACUGCGCGAAAGAACACGCUAUCCGUUCCUUACUAACCCACUACCUGUUAUGCCGAUCCCUACGAACAACGGCCGUAGGGUGAAAAUUCGGAAGAAUUUUUUGUUGAAAAACUCUGCAAAUGAUACAGACAGCUGGUUUUUGGUACCGGGCUCGGGCUCUUCAUGCCGCGGCCAAGUAGUUAAAUUUGUAUCAGCUAGGGCAGACCCCUUUGUUGUGUGUGGGACACCCCUGACCGAACAAAGGGCGAGUGGCAACAAUCCUUUCGCCGAUCCUAUAGGGUUGGACGUCUUUAUCACAUCCGACAAACAUAAUCUGCAGAGCACGAAAGAAUACAGUUUGAAGGAUAUGGUUUGUAAGCUAUGUGUAGUUUGGAUGCCCACAUACAUAUCGUUUGUGCCGCUGCCUGAAUCAUUUGCAGAGAGUUAAAAAAUAGUUUAGUGGGUUUUGUGUGGUAGUGGUUUGGUGGUAUGCGUGGUUAACCAUGCGUGGAUGAAUAUGGCGGCCCACCGAUAUUACGAUUUAGGAGAUAAAAACGACAUCGACGAUGAGCCAAAACACGUCCAAGCAAAACGGCUGUAAAAAUUGACUGAUUAUAGAAAUCGGCCGAACUUUUCACCAUAAGUCACUGACAUG